AUGAGGUGUGCAUCGAUCUUUCCUCCUUUACUGUUUGCGCACGAAAAUGUUCUUGUUGUUUUACGAUCUUUUGAAAAAUUCGGAGAUGAAUACAAACUUUUCCUGCUGGUCAAUCCUGAGGAUGAUAAGCCAGUUGCUGUAGUGGUUCCAAGAACAACCUUACAACCUGAGACAACUGCGGUACCUGAAUGGUUUGCUGCUGGAGCUUUUGGACUUGUUACUGUGUUUACGUUAUUGCUUCGCAAUGUUCCUGCUUUGCAAUCUAAUUUAUUAUCAACUUUUGACAAUCUGAACUUGUUAAAGGAUGGCUUGCCUGGGGCCGCUGUUACUGCUCUCAUUCUGGGUAUACAUGAACUUGGUCACUUUUUAGUUGCCCAGAACAUUGGUGUUAAGCUUGGGGUUCCAUUCUUUGUUCCUAGCUGGCAGAUAGGCUCUUUUGGUGCUAUUACAAGGAUAAGAAACAUCGUAUCCAAUCGUGAAGAUCUGCUAAAGCUUGCUGCUGCUGGACCAAUAGCUGGCUUUUCCUUGGGUUUUCUGCUUCUGCUUUUAGGUUUUGUCUUACCUCCAAGUGAUGGUCUUGGCGUUGUUGUUGAUGCCUCUGUAUUUCACGAGUCAUUUCUUGCUGGCGGCAUUGCAAAGCUGCUUCUUGGUGACGUGCUCAAGGACGGCACGCCAAUCUCUGUCAAUCCUCUUGUGAUUUGGGCAUGGGCAGGAGAAUAUCUUUUGCCAUAUGGGGAAGAAAGGCGUCAGUUCGCUUGACAGGAUUUUCGAUUGUGCUGCUUGGACUCUCAUCUCUGAUUGAUGAUGUAGCAUUCUACUGGGUAGUUCUCAUAUUUUUCUUGCAACGAGGUCCAAUUUCUCCUCUCUCUGAAGAAAUAAGUGAUCCUGAUCAGAAGUAUGUUGCGUUUGGAAUAACAGUUUUGCUCUUAGGCUUGCUGGUGUGCUUGCCUUAUCCUUUUCCAUUUACAGAUGAAGCACUAGCAAGUUUCUAGUGCAAUAAUGGCCACGUAACUCUGGCAGCACUGCUAGAGUGUUCGUGCAUGAAAGUUUUGAAAAAUUGAGUGUACACAAUAGGAUUGUCAGUGAAUCGUAACCGUUAACGUCCGUUCAAACAUAUACUUCUCAAGAUAUCAAACAUCAUUGUUCCACACGCCCCCCUUUGUAAUUCAUUGAAUUCGUUUAUACAAGGACGUUUUCUUUC